CAGCAUAUCAACAUCUGAAGAUACCGGUACUUGAUAGCCUCUUAAGGAAAAUUUGCCUCCAAAUUUUAAGCUGCAAAGUCACUGGAAUAACUGUUUAAAGAAAGAAUUGCAAUACAUGACUUUUUAAAUUUUUAGUACAUAGCUCUUUUGUCUCGGCCGCCACCAUGCCAUCCAGACUGAGGAAGACCCAGAGACUUCAGGGCCACGUGAGUCAUGGCCAUGCUCACAUCAGCAAACACCGAAAGCACCCGGGAGGCUGUGGUAAUGCUGGUGGCUUGCAUCACCACAGGAUCAAUUUCAACAAAUAUCACCCAGGAUACUUCGGGAAAGUUGGUAUUAGGCAUUACCAUUUAAGAAGGAACCAGAGCUUCUGCCCAGCUGUCAACCUUGAUAAAUUGUGGACUUUGGUCAGUGAGCAGACAAGGGUGAAUGCUGCUAAAAACAAUACUGGAGCGGCUCCUAUCGUAGAUGUGGUACAAUCGGGCUCUUACAAAGUUCUGGGAAAGGGAAGGCUCCCAAAGCAGCCUUUAAUAGUUAAGGCCAAAUUCUUCAGCAGAAGAGAUGAGGAAAAGAUUAAGGGUGUAGGGGGAGCCUGUGUCCUGAUGGCUUGA